UUCAAAACACUCCACUCUAGGGAACUUUACCUGCAUUUUUGGUAACGGAGGGCGACGUUUAGACGGAAGGCAAAGACAGAGAAAAGAAUCAACGUUUUUAAUUUCAUAUGGAUACGUGCAAUUUUUAUUGACUUCUGCGUCGGCGGAAACUGACGAGGUGUAUUAGCUUGUCCCAGCGUUUUUGAGCGACGCACGUCAAACGGAGGUGAUGUCUUUUCCCUUGAAAUAUGCCUGGACGCUACAAAAUGUGUAUUGCUUAGUGUCCUUUCUAUUAUAUAGACAAGUUGCUAAAAAUUUUGGGCAAAACCACUGCCCGUGAAUCCAAAAAGUCCACUUUCGGUUGACGUUAUUUAGUCGCCACUGCUUCAUCGGCUCCCUACUAUUUCUUUCAGUCAGGUACCUUCCAAGUUAAAGUGGAGCAAUUAAACUCUCGCGAGUUUGAGCAACGACGAUAAAAAAGACGUGAUCGAAGUGAAAAAAAAAACAUGUGGAAUUUGCAGAGACUAACCUACAUUUUGGUGUGCUUCAGUUGGCUGUCUGUAGGUGAGUAAAGCCGACCAUAAUUAGCGGUUGCCAAACUCAUGCACCCACAUGCACAAUCGGAGUUAUAUCUUAUAAUUACAGUGGCUAUAAGAGGGGCGUUAUACUACAACAAACCGACUUGCGUAUUUUAACAUUCAAUACAACCCGUGACAAAGGCUCAUGCACGUCUCAGUGAGUCCUUACCACAUAGAAAACAACUUGCUAACAGUUACGCCGCGUAAUGACUUUCAGGCCUGAGCAAUGCAACGUAAUUUUGUCAACGCAAUUGCCCUCUGGCACCGGCCUUCCACAACGUCAAUACGUAUCCUUUUUUUUAUUAAUGAAACACAAAUUUCGAUAGUUGCCAGUUGUUAAAUGAUAUCUAUAACAUUAAAGAAAUGAAAUGUUCUUAUAAAGAUAUAUAACAAGGCUUAAACAGUAUCACAUGACUGUUUAAUUGCCUUAUAUUGCUUAAAAUUGAAUCAAGUCGCCACAAAAAUUAAAAGUUGCUCCAAAUGGCAAAAGCUGCUAAAAAAAAGUUGCUCCAAGUACAAAACGUUGCCGAGCAACAUGUGGCUAGGACAAGCCCCUGCCCCCUACACGCCCCUCUUGGAACGCAGUUAUACUCUCUUCUUCUUUCCCCGUCUUCUCCCCACCCAAUACCACCCCCCUCCCCUUCCCCAUCGGAAAAGUCGAUCCUUACCCAAAAUUUUGCUCGCGCUUUUUAACUGGGCUGCGUAGCAAGCUCAGUUUAUAAAAUGGGUAGAUUAGUGUCAAAUAAUGAACACUUUCAAUUAUUAACCCAGUAACCGGAAGGGCGUUGCGUAAUUCAUAAAGCCAGUUGUCCAUCUUCGCUGAGUUUUAGAGGUCUAAAUUUCGGAUAAGGAUAAAAAAGACUCGUCCGACGAAAACAGGGACUUCGAGAAUUUCGUGAUCGAGUUGUUAUGCUCCUCCUUAAUAUGGCAACCCAAUUAAAUUCGCUUUCCGCCGAGUCUAGAAUAUAUCAUAUUCGUAGGGUAGGCAUCCUCGGAGACCCAGGGGCAGUCAGUCAGGCCGGGAGAAAAGGCGCGACAAAAGUUUUCAAGCACAGGCGGAAAAGCCCCUGGGUACCGACUCUUACUGGACCAUUUCCCAGCGGUCAAGCUCCUCCUUAAUAUGGCAACCCAAUUAAAUUCGCUUUCCGCCGAGUCUAGAAUAUAUCAUAUUCGUAGGGUAGGCAUCCUCGGAGACCCAGGGGCAGUCAGUCAGGCCGGGAGAAAAGGCGCGACAAAAGUUUUCAAGCACAGGCGGAAAAGCCCCUGGGUACCGACUCUUACUGGACCAUUUCCCAGCGGUCAAGCUCCUCCUUAAUAUGGCAACCCAAUUAAAUUCGCUUUCCGCCGAGUCUAGAAUAUAUCAUAUUCGUAGGGUAGGCAUCCUCGGAGACCCAGGGGCAGUCAGUCAGGCCGGGAGAAAAGGCGCGACAAAAGUUUUCAAGCACAGGCGGAAAAGCCCCUGGGUACCGACUCUUACUGGACCAUUUCCCAGCGGUCAAGCGAAUGUUGGCUCCUGAUUGGGCACAAAAAAUGCUUUGUAUUAUUGUGCCCAAUCGGCGAACAGCAUCUCCUGAGUUCUUUUCGUGAGUUCGUACACGACGGCUAUUGACUCGACUCACGGCUUGUCUGGCUCAUGCACCAAAGAAAUGCACGCAAUCAGGAAUCUUUCAGUUUGAUAUAAACGCUAUGAAAUAUUUCAAGACAAGUGAAUUUUAAAUUCUUCAAGUAAAAGAAAGGUUCAGGUUUUCCCAAGCAACGUAAUUAAGAUUGACUGACAUGCUUCGCCUUUCUCAAAGCUUGGAAACCGCAAGUUCGCUAAGUCGGUUUUAAUGAGAUGCAAAGUAAAGUUACUUGAGAUUUUGCUUAGGCCUUCACACACGCAUUUUUGGUUAAGUAAAACUUAGCAGCUCUUAAGUCUUACUUAACAGCCUAGUGUUAAGACAACCACUGUCUACACGAAAACUAAAGACGCUUUUCCAAAAAUACAUUGAGCUUACAACAGGUAUUCACGUUUGCAUCGAUCACGCCUUCGUAAAUGGCCGUCGAUAAAACCCGGAACACGGAACAUUCCGGAACAUUCCGGAACAUGCAAAAAUAAAAAUAAUUUGAAUGAAAAAAAAUAUAAUAAAAUAAUGAUAAUAAAAUAAUUUUUGUAAAAAUUAAUAAUAACGUAAAAUAACAAAAAAAAAAAAAGAAAAAUAAUGAAAUAAUCAAGAAAAAGAAACUGGUAUCCUCUCUGAGUAUGAAAAAGCAAUAUUUUGUCGCAAACGAUUAAAAUUUGUUUGGCGAGUGAGGGUUCAUGCAAAUGACAGUAAUGAGUGAAGGCUUGCUUCUGAAUUCAAAAUAUAUUAAAAUGGGUCGCGAGGCUGUUCAUUCUCGUAACAAAAUUAUUUUACUCUCUUGUCUCGUCAGCACAUUCGCUUAAAUGCUACAAGUGCACAGCAAGGUCUGAAGAAGAAUGUUCAGCGAGCCAAAAUGUUACAACAUGUGACGAUAGACUGAGGUGUGCUAUACUAACGUAUGAUGACCAUGGUUUCCAGUACACAAAGGAUUGUUUAUGGCCUACCUUUUGCCAAGGGAGGCAAGACAAUUGCACUAUAAAAGUCUGUAAUGAGGAUUACUGCAACGGUCCACCUCCCCGGACAACAGCUGUAAAGCCAAGCGCUGCCUGUACGGGUUCAAGUGAAACUCCCACUACCAAAUUGCGGGUUACCAAGACCGCAGCCCCACCUAUCGUCCUCGAAAAUAACACUGCACCUCUUACCAAAGUACUCGAUACCAAGGCUGCAACUUCUACCUUAGCGCUCGAUACCAAGACUGCACCUUCCACCAAAGUGCCAGAUACCAAGACCACAGCUCGACCCACGACACGUUCCCAC